CUGAGCCAAAGGCAGGCAGACGCUUAACGACUGAGCCACCCAGGCGCCCCAGACAUGGGGUUUCAACAAGUAGGAGCCCAGAUCACACAGGGCAUGGGUGCCACGUAGAGGAAGGUGGACUAUCACUAUCCUGAGGGCACUGGGGAGCUUCAGAAGGGCUUUGCACAGAGAGGGAGGCUACCUGUGGGGACUGGAGGUGGUGAGACAGUCAAGGGGUCCAGGAGGAAGCUGGAGCACCCAGAGAUCCAGGCGGGAGGGGGCUAGACCCACGCUGGGGCUGUGGUGACCCGGUGUAACAAUGAGUGAAUUGCCCAGACUCAGGGAAGAAACUUCCAGCUCUCUAGACAAGUUUUUAAUCUGUUUGGUUAGGACAUUUGUCAGGCACUAUUCUAAGUGUGUUUAGAUAUUUAUUUCAUCCUUUCAGUGAUUCUGUAGGAUAUUAACUAUUAUGUCAUAUUCCAGAUGAGGAAACCGAGGCUCACAGAGCUGAAGUCCCUUAGCCACAGCACUUAGAAGAGCCCAGUUUGCAUUCUGGCAGCAGGCCUUCAUGCUUUUAAGCACUGUGCUAACAUCUUCCCAUCAGGACUGUGCUCCAAACUGGGGACCAGGAGCUUUGGGUUUUCUCCCCAGCCUUAACUCUUUCCACUGGCCUUGGAACGGAAAUACUGGAUACGCUUGUUGCCCAGCCCCUCCUCAGCCCGGGGCCUCAUCCAGAUCAAACUUUUCUGAGUGACUUCCCCAAGGGUGGGGCUGGGCAGGCCUGCAAGAGCUCACUAUCCAGGUGAUCUCUUAGGCCUGUGGAGCACGCUCUUACCUGGUUCUACUCUAGGCUGAGUUAAGGGAUUUUCAUCCCUAAUGAACAGGCUUGAGAAGGGAAAAAUCACAGGAAGGGUUUGGGUCUAGAGACACCCCCCCCCUUCGAGAAAUUUCCUCUAGUAAAUCCAUUUUUCUGGCUCUGAGUUGCAAACAUUUUGCACAUCUGUUCUUCCUUUCAAUGACCGAGAGAAGGAGCAGGUGGAAGGAUGAUCACCGCUGAGCGGAUGAGGACGCGGAGGCUCGGGCAGGGAGACACGCCUCAGCGGGAGAAGGAAGUCAGCGUCAGAGCCUGGAGCUGCCCUCCGCCUUAGGACAGCCAGACCCGGGUUCCUUUCCCCAUCCCUCAACACUCCACUCCCAGUCAGACCUCAAGGGGGGAUCUAGGAGCUGGUUCCCAUGUGACCUGAGCAUGCUCUGAUUCAGUUUCAGAAGUGACUUGCAAUGGAUCCUCUUCUGUGCCGACCUGCCCUCCCUCAUCCAGGAAGGCCCUCAGUGCGGGCUGGUGGCCUUGUGGAUGGCAGGCACACUGCUGGCACCGCCCAGCGGCAUCCCCCUGGAGAGACUGGAGCAGAUGGCCGUGGAGAGAGGCUACACAGCCCAGGGAGAGAUGUUCUCCGCUACGACGAGGACUUCAACCACGAGCCAUGUCAGAGGAAGGGCCACAAGGCCCACUGGGCGGUGAGCACAGGGGUCCUGCUGGGUGUGCAGGCCGUGCCAAGCCUCGGCUACUCUGAGGACCCCGAGCUGCCAGGUCUGUUCCACCCAGUGCCCAACACGCCCCGCCAGCCACCAGCCCUGCCAGAGGAAGGCUCCCCAGGAGCCGUCUACCUUCUCUCCAAGCAGGGCAAGAGUUGGCAUUACCAGCUGUGGGACUACGACCAGGUCCGGGACAGCAAUCUACAGCUGACGGACUUCUCGCCGUCACGGGCCACGGACGGCCAGGUAUACGUGGUGCCUGCAGGCGGGGUGCGGGCCGGCCUCUGUGGCCAGGCCCUGCUCCUCAGACCCGGGGACUCCAGCCACUAGCCUGCUGCAGCCCUGAGGCCGGCUGACAGGGCCCCCGGCCACAGCUUGGGGUCUGUCACUGUGUGAAGAGUGCUCCGGUUUCUCCCUUUGCAAGAGCCCGCCAAGUGUAGGCUGUGUUCCCGAAGACCUCCAGCCAGAGACCCUCUGCGCGGAGGUCCCCUUCCACCCGUCCGUCCGGUCCCAGGCCCCUUCUCCCAUGCCCACUCCCCCCAGUAUUGGGCUCCUGAUGUGUGGCUGGGGUUCAAGCCAGGAGCCAACCAGACAGGCUCCCUCUCCAGGGAAGAGACUUGGCCACAGCUCGGCCCUCAGGUCCUGCCUGUAUGCCCCACCUCAGUGUUGCAUCCAGCCAUUUCUCACUGGUGACCAGCCUCCCUUAAAGCACCCGCCUCGGGCGCCUGGGUGGCUCAGUUGGUUAAGCGACUGCUUUCGGCUCGGGUCAUGAUCCUGGAGUCCC